AUGGUGUCCGUUCGCUACUUCGCCGUUUCGGCGGCCCUGGCCGUGCUGGUAGACGCACAGUCGAGCAUCGAGCAGCGUGCGGUAGAACUCCCAGAUACGUGGAAGUACUAUGGGUGCUACACCGAGGGAAGCAGUGGACGUAGCCUUUCGAACCAGCAGCCAGACAAUGCGAACCUGACCGUAGAAUCGUGCGUCGCGAUAUGUAUCGACUCGGGCUACUCGGUGGCCGGUAUGGAAUAUGGUGCCCAGUGCUUCUGCGACGACUUCGUUCGCGACGGAGCCAAUCUCACCGCCGAUGCCGAUUGCAAUAUGGACUGUAGCGGCGACGCGUCUGAGUUCUGCGGCGCGGGGAAUCGCCUAUCAGUCUAUUCCAACGAUACCCUCGUGGUAUUCCAGCCUCCCACUGCGCAGACGGCGGACCUCCCUGGCUCAUGGGAGUACUAUGGAUGUGUCGUCGACAACAUCGACGGCAACAUAUUGCCUUAUAUGAGUGAAGAUAUCGAUAACGCGACCAUCUCGGCCUGUAUCGAGGGCUGCAGCAGGUUCGGCUACAACGCCGGCGGUAUCGAAUAUGGCUACCAGUGCUUCUGUGGUGACCACGGUAACGUGACUCUCGCGCCUGAAUCCGACUGCAACGAAGCCUGCCCGGGCGAUGCGCACCAUCUCUGCGGCAGCGGCAACAGGAUCUCAUACUACACAUGGACCGGAGCUCCAUUGACAACAUGGCAGACCGCCACGGGCGCAGCAGCAGGGCUGUAUGAGUUCCUCAUGUCCGCGCCCCUGGUCCCCCUGAUCAGCACCGUGAGCAUCAACGACAAGGUGGUGUUCGUAGAGAAGCACGGCACGCAGGUAAACAACAACAGCUCCGGCUCGUUCGAGUUCGACCCCACGCUGGCGCCACAAUACGGGACCGCCUUCCGCGAGCUGCAGCUCAAGACCGACGUCUUCUGCUCCGCCUCGCUCGUCCUGCCCGACAAGGCCGGACGCCAGAUCAACGUCGGCGGGUGGUCUGGCGACUCGCUCAUCGGCGUGCGGCUCUUCACGCCCCAGAUGGGCCUGGGCGUCAACGGGACCAAUAGCUGGGAGGAGGACUUCACGGAGCUCGCGCUGAUGGACGCUCGCUGGUAUCCCACCGCGGUCAUGUUGAGCAACGGCUCCGUGCUCGUCGUCCAGGGCGAAAACGGCUCGGACGGACCUAUCGUGCCGACUGUCGAGGUUGUCCCACGACCUGCGGGGGUGACCAACUCGACCCAUCUGGACUACCUGGAACUGACGGUUGCUGGAAAGAUCCAGUCGUACCCCAUGAUCGCCAUCCUGCCAUCAGGCAACAUGUUUUUCUCGCAAUAUAAUAACGCCCGCAUCAUCUCGCAGACUGAUUUCAGCCAGAUCAGAAUGCUCCCCCAGAUGCCCGGUGCCGUGAAUAACCCAGAAGCCGGGCGUAACUACCCCUUGCAGGGCACCAUGGGUCUCAUGCCCCAGUCCGCGCCGUACACGGAUCCUCUGACAAUCAUCAUCUGCGGUGGCACAACCGACGGCGCCAACUUCGGCCUCGACAACUGCAUCUCGACGCAGCCGGACGUCCAAGGGUCCGAAUGGACGAUUGAGAGGAUGCCCACAAGACGCGUCGUCUCCUGCAUGGUCAACCUCCCCGACGGGCGCCUAAUAAUCCUCAACGGCGCCUACAACGGACGCGCGGGCUUCGGCCUCGCCACGGACCCCAACCUGGGCGCCGUGCUCUACGACCCCUCGCAACCCGUCGGCGCGCGCAUGACUUCGCUCAGCAGCUCGACCAUCGCGCGCCUGUACCACUCAGAAGCCGUCCUCAUGCCCGACGGCCGCAUCUUGGUAUCAGGCUCUGACCCGCAGGACCCCAUCAACCCGGAGGAGUACCGGCUCGAGUACUUCUCGCCCGACUACAUCCUGUCGGGCGCGGCGAAACCCACCUUCACCAUCGCGGACACGGACUGGGCCUACGGCGCGACGGUGCCGUUCACGCUGACGUCGGCGUUUAGCGGUGAGGUCAAGGUGUCGCUGAUAGCGGCCGUCGGGUCGACGCACGGGUACAACAUGGGCCAGCGCACGCUGUUCCCGGCCGUCAGCUGCAGCGGCACGGCGUGCACGGUGACGGCGCCGCCCGAUGCCCACGUCAGUCCCCCGGCCUGGUACCAGAUGUUUGUGCUCGACGGGCCGACGCCGAGCCAUUCUGUCUGGGUCCGCAUCGGCGGCGAUCCGGCCGAGCUGGGGAACUGGCCCGAUCUGCCGGGGUUCACUCGUCCUGGGGUCUGA